AAGGUUUGUUAUUGCUUUCUUCCCAGCCCUUUUGUUUUAUAUUAUUAUGUCAUGAAAAUUAUUAUUACUUGAAGCACAUCUUUCAGAUCAUAUGAGUAUGAUGUUCACAUGUUUAUUUGUUGUUAAUGUGCAAUAUUUUAUUUCAGUAGGGUCGUAAUGGAUAAGAGUUGGAUGCAUAAACCAAGGUCUACAAAAGUAUAUAAAAAUGGGUUAAACCAAUUUCUAGACAUGGCUUUUGCUAAUGUAUCUCUCAAUGGAAAAAUUAUAUGUCCGUGCAAAUACUGUAAAAAUGCAAAAUGGGCAAGUAGAGAGAUAGCAAAAGAGCAUCUUCUUGUAGAUGGAUUUAUUAAAGGUUAUACGCAUUGGGUUAUACACGGGGAAGAUACAUCAUCUAGUCAAACUAGAUUUGAUAAUUUUGAUCAAUCUGAUAUGUUCGAUGAUAUGGAUGAUUUGGUACAUGAUGCUUUUGGGAUUAAAGGUCCAGAUGAAAGCACGAGAGAAGAACCUAAUGAACAAGCUAAAACUUUUUACAAGUUACUAGGUGAUGCCCAGCAAGAAUUAUAUCCUGGGUGUAAGAAGUUUUCAAAACUUGCAUUUAUUCUACGAUUAUUUCACUUGAAAUGCAUGGGUAAAUGGUCUAACAAAACAUUUACACUGCUACUUGAGUUGUUGAAAGAGGCUUUUCCUGAUGUGACUGAGUCUUUGCCUAAGUCUUAUUAUGAAAUGCAAAAGAUUAUUGGGGCAUUAGGACUCUCUUGCAUCAAGAUUGAUUCGUGUCCUAAUGAUUGCAUGUUAUACUGGAAAAAACAUGAAAAUGACACCUUUUGUCAUAUUUGUAACACACCAAGAUAUAAGCAAAGUCAAAAUGAUGUACCUGAUGAAGAAGCUUCAUCUGUGAAGCCUAAAAAAAUUGCAACUAAGGUGUUGAGAUAUUUUCCCCUUACACCUAGGCUUCAGAGAAUCUUUAUGUCAUCUAAGACAGCAUCUUUAAUGAGAUGGCACAAAGAAGAAUGCACUAAGGAUGGAUGCAUGAGACAUCCUAGCGAUUCUCCUGUGUGGCAUGCCUUUGAUCGUCAACAUAAAGAAUUUGCAAAAGAUUCCCGAAAUGUAAGACUUGGUCUAGCUUCAGACGGAUUCAGUCCAUUUAAAACUUUAAGUGUCACUCACAGUACAUGGCCUGUGAUAGUGACCCCAUAUAACAUACCUCCAUGGAUGUGCAUGAAAGAGCCAUUUUUCUUUUUGACUCUACUUAUACCUGGUCCAUCAUCUCCUGGGAAUAACAUUGAUGUGUACUUACAACCUUUGGUAGAAGAACUAAAGGAAUUGUGGAAUGGGGUCGAAACAUAUGAUGCAUCAAGCAAGAAAAAUUUUAAUAUGCGUGUCUCUUUAUUGUGGACCAUUAAUGAUUUUCCGGCAUAUGCAAAUUUAUCUGGUUGGAGUACGAAAGGGGAACUAGCUUGUCCAAUGUGCCAUAAAGACACAUGGUCUAAAUACUUAUAUCGAAGUCGAAAGCAGUGUUACAUGGGUCAUCGUAGAUUUUUAAGCUCUAAUCAUCCUUAUAGAAAAGAUGCUAAUUCUUUUGAUGGCAAAGAGGAGCAUGGCACACCACCUUUACCUUUAACAGGGGAUAAAAUACUUGAGGACUUAGGUGAGUUAAAUGUGAAAUUCGGGAAGAAAGUGAAUGAUAAUCCUACUCUUCCUUACAACUGGAAAAAAAGAAGUAUAUUCUUUAACUUGCCGUAUUGGAAAGAUAUCAUACUGCGUCACAACUUGGACGUAAUGCAUAUAGAGAAAAACGUUUGCGAUAAUGUACUUGGUACUUUACUAAAUUUGGAAGGAAAAACAAAGGACCAUGAAAACUCUCGUCUGGAUUUAAAAGAUAUGGGAAUAAGACAUGCACUUCAUCCUACUAUUCUUGAAUCUGGAAGAAAGUAUUUGCCUGCUGCAUCUUUUUCAAUGAGCAAAAAGGAGAAAGAAGUAUUUUUUUGAGAUCCUACAGAAUGUUAAAGUUCCAGAUGGAUAUGCUUCCAAUAUUUCCAAGCGUGUGCAAGCUAAACCAUUUAAACUCUCCGGUCUAAAAAGCCAUGACAAUCAUAUACUGAUGCAACAAUUGCUUCCGAUUAGUUUGCGUAAACUUUUACCGAAGCACGUUCGAACACCUUUGAUUAACUUGUGCACCUUUUUUAGAGAGUUGUGUUCUAAAGUUCUUAAUCCCCAAGAUUUAAUUCGUUUGGAAGAAGAAAUUUCCAAUAUUCUUUGUGAGUUGGAAAAAAUAUUCCCCCCAUCUUUUUUUGAUGUCAUGGUUCAUUUAACAAUACAUUUGGCAUAUGAGGCUCGACUUGGAGGACCAGUACAAUACCGUUGGAUGUAUCCUAUUCAAAGGUAAUUUUUAUUUAUUUUCUUGAUUAAUUUGUACUAAAAAAUAAUUAAUUUUAUUAUGUAUUUCAACUACAGGUAUUUAUCGACAUUAAAAUCAUAUGUUUGUAACCGAAGUCGUCCUGAGGGUUCGAUUGCCGAAGGUUAUUUGAUGGAAGAAUGCUUAAACUUUUGUUCUAGAUACUUUGAGGAUGUGGAGACUAAAUUUAACAAGCUUCAUAGGAAUGAGGAUAUUCGUGGUGAGAGCACAUUAGAGUUUCCUAUCUACUCUUAUCCCGGACGUCAUAUUGGGAGAAGAAAUUGCAUAGUUCUUGAUAAGAAAAUAUGUACCAAGGCACAUCAAUAUAUUUUGUUCAAUUGCGGUGAAGCUGACUCUUUCAUUGAGUAAGAUAUUUUAUAUAAAAAAUUAAUGAACUUUAUUUGUAUUGUUGUAUAUUUAUAUUUUUCAUGUGUAAAUUUUCUACAGAGAACACAAGGCCAUAGUAAAAGCUGCAAACCCUCGCCUCAACAAAAGAGAUAUUGAAAGAAUCAGCAGUGAAACUUUUGCCAAUUGGUUAUAUAAUCGUGUUGAAGGAUUACAUCUUGCUGGAAAUGAAGUUUCGAAAGAAUUGAGGGCCUUAGCUCGAGGUCCUAAUCCAUCUCGAAAGCGAUAUCGUGGAUUUAUUAUCAAUGGUUUUCGGUUCCAUGUAAAAACUACUGAGAAUAGAAGGAAGACACAAAACAAUGGUGUGGUUGUCACAGCACAAACUAGUAGUUUUGCAAGUAGAAGUGACAAUAAUCCAAUUAUUGGAGAUGUCACUUACUAUGGGGUAUUAAAUGAUAUAAUUGAACUUGAAUACUCUGAGGGGAGAAAAGUUGUAGUGUUUGAUUGUGAUUGGGUCUCAACAGGAAGCGCAGUGAAGCAAGAUGAAUAUGGUUUCACCUUGGUUAAUUUUUCUCGAGCACGGCAAAAUAGUGAACCCUUCAUCUUAGCAAGCCAGGCACAACAAAUUUUUUAUGUAGAUGACCCGAACGAGAAGGGGUGGCGUGUAGUUGUGAAGACAACUGCGAGAGAUUCGUUUGACAUGAAUCCAGUCUCGAAUUUUGAUAUAGAUACACUUCAUGCUAAUAAUGAUUUUAAUGCCCAAUUGAAUGAUGGAGAUGAACACAUUUGGGUUAGGGGAGAUGUAGAUGGAGUUAUGGUUUAGGAAUUUUUUUUAUUCCAACGAAUAUAUACUUGAACUAUAAUUAAGUGUUCCUUUAAUUUCUGCUUUCGAAUUGUUUUAAGUGCAUUUAUUUGUCUACUCUUGCAUUUUAAUCUUUUAUUUGAAUCUCGUUGAUGCUAAUUAUACACAUUACUUGAGUUCUUGGUUGGUAAGUUAUUUCUCUUAAAAAAAUAAUCUCUUUACUUAAUAAUGUUUAUAAUAACCUCAUAUAUUUUUGUUUUGUUUUACUUUACAGAUUAUGGCUCCAAAAAAUCGUCCUCCUCAUAGCAAGCGUAUAACGUGUGAAGCAUUUGAGCAUCCUGGCCAACCUUCUAACUUAAAAUCUUGUCAAAAUCGUAAGUUCAGAAUAAACUUAAUUAUAUUGCUAAAAAAUUACUUUUAUGUUUUACUGGUUAAUCAUAUUGUUUCCUGCAUUAACUUAUUUAUUCUAAGUUACAGCAGGUCAACUAGGUGUGAAUUCAAAUCAACCAAAAGCACUUGCUUUCCUCUGACCAAACUCUAAUUUUUUUUUCUCACAAUCAUAAUAUUAAAACCAACUUAAUUAAAUUCUUCUGUUUUUCUUUUAUGUUUCAUCAAUUAAUCAUAUUGCUUAUCCAAUAUAUUUUUUUUAUUUUAACACACUUCAGCUUGGUACGAGUUCAAAUAAACUCAGAAUUAAAUUAAUCAUAUUUUUGUAUUUUUAGUAGUUAAUUAUAUUCAUGUUUCACUAAUCUCUUUAUUUUAAGUUCCAGGUGAACUAGGUAGGCAUUCAACUCAGCUCAAAUCAACAACUUCGCGAUCUGACCAAGCUUCGAAUUUAAACCGUAACCUCAAAAUCGUCUUAAUUAUAAUUUUAAUUUUAAUUUUAUGUUUUACUACUUAAUCAUAUUUUUUUAUGCACUAACUUUCUCAUGUUAAGUUGCAGGGCAGCUUGAUAUGAGAUCAAAUCGAUCCAAAGCAACUACUUUACAGUCUAAUGUUCAUGUACCUACAUGUCAAAUAACUGAUGGUGUUUUUGCUAAUGCUUGUGAUCCUACUGGCAAUGACAAUAUGGUCGAUAUUGUGGAGAAUGUGGUUGAUAUUGGUAGAAACUUUUCUUUAUCGCAAUUUACUGUAUACUUUUGCUAUUUUCGUACUUCAAAUUGGUAUAUUCUUAAUUAAUGCAGUCGACAAUAAACAAAAAAGGGUGAGAGGAGCUACAUGUAUGCCUAAGGUUUGGGGACAACAACCGGAUGAACUUGUUGUUGUUUCAUUCAACGAACUUGGACAGCCAAAAGAUCAAGAUAAGACAAGCACUUUGUCUCAUUUUUUGGGUACGAUUGCUAGGAAUGGAAGAUAUUGUCCCCUUAACUAUGAAGAUUGGAGACUGAUGCCUUAUUCAUAUAAGGAAGAAAUGCUUAAGAUUGUAAAGGUAAUGAAUCAAAUUUUCAGAUAUUUUAAAUCUAGUUGAAGGUAAUGAAUUAGUUUUAAACUAGUGUAAAUAUAUAUCUUAUUGAUGUUAGUAUUUUAUAUGCGUAGGCAAGAUUUGAAUUACCACCGGGACAUGAAAGUUACAUUUUGAGGUCCAUAAACAAAAAGUGGAGAAAUUGGAAAAGUUCUGUGAAGAGUUUGAAUUUUGAUCCAGAUAUCUCUACUGAUCAACAAACAACCAAAAUACCCGAUCGAGUCAAUGAAGAUCAAUAUAAGUCUCUAGUUCAUCACUGGAUGUCUGAUAAGUCGAAGGUAUGAAUUACACAUCACUAUAAUUAAUACAUAUCACUCUUACUUUUUUUUUAUAUAUAAUUUAUGAUAUUAUUAUUAUCUUCCAUGUCUUCACUUUACUCUCAUACUUAAAACUCCUACUACUUUAGGAACGAAGCAAAAAGAAUAAAAAUAGUCGUGGUGAGCUAAAGUUGUUUCAUUGUAUGGGCAAGAAAAGUUUUGCUGUGGUGAAA